AUGGACAACACCGGUGGCCACCCUGCUGAUCUUUAUUAUGAGGGAGUCCAGAUCGAGUUCCUCCCUGCAAACACCACCUCUUUUAUGCAGCCCAUGGAUCAGGGCGUGAUCCGUGCCUUUAAGGUACUAUACACCCGGAACUCCCUCGAUCACCUAGUGAAGGCAAUGGAUGACGACAGUGAAUUCACGCUGAAAGGUUAUUGGCGAAAAUUCACGAUCGCUACCUGUCUGAACGUCAUCGACAGGUCACUGUGGGAUAUGAAGAAAGACACCCUGAAUUCCUGCUGGAAGAAGUUGUGGCCGGAGUGUGUGAACGAUUAUAAGGGAUUUUCUCCACAAGAAAUUCAGCAUUCUGCCGUAGACAAUGCAGUCAAAUUGGCGAAGAUCCUUGGUGGAGAGGGAUUCGACGAUAUCACCAAGGAUGAAGUGGGAACCCUGAUCGACACACACUCUGAACCCGUAACAGACAAGGAUCUGGAAGAAAUGACUGACUCUGUCAUCGACGACGACGAAGACUCGGCAGCUUCAGGGAACGAGGGGGACGAGGAUGGGGGUCUUACCUUGGACUUCCUGAAUAAUUAUAUUAGGUUGUUCAAGGAGGCAAAGGAGAUAAUUUUGGAAUGGGAUCCUUGCCUAGAACGUGCCCUAAUGUUCGUCAACAGCAUUAAUGGGGCACUGAGCCCCUAUGCACACCUUGAGCACCAUGAAGAAGCAGGUGCGGCAGCUGCCUAUCACAAGCUAUUUUUCAGUGGCAAAGAAGGCCCCUCCAGCCCCUGA